GUUGUUUUCAAAAGAUACCGCGGGUUGAAGUAGGUGGAAUUGACACCGUACUUCCUUACUACUACUAGUUGUUUGUUUAAAAUGGCUAAUUCCUAUAAAUCUAAAGAAAUCAAAGUAUCUCUCUACAUUGUUGAUGCCUUCACAAAACAUCCCUUUAAAGGCAACAGCGCCGCUGUUUGUUUAAUCCCGUAUCAUCAAUCUGUCCCAAGUGAUGUCAAACAAAAUAUAGCUUCGGAAAUGAACUUGUCAGAAACGGCUUUUAUUAAAAUUAUUAAAGAAGAGGAUACCUUUGAAAAUAGUAAACGAUUUGCUCUGCAGUGGUAUACGCCCAAGUGUGAAGUUCGCCUUUGUGGUCAUGCAACAGUAGCUUCAGCUGCAGUUCUUUUUUCUGCAUGCAAUAAUCAUUCUGAAACAUUGGAGUUUGAAACUGCAUGUGGCAUCUUAACUGCUAAAAAGUUACAUAAUGGAAACAUACAAAUUAAUUUACCAGCAUAUGAAUCAAAAACUUUG